CGCAAUUUGACAAUUUGCAAUUUGCAAUAAAGCUAUUCGCUAAGCGUGUGUAUAUUGUGUGUAAUUUUAGAUCAAUAAAUUAUUUAAAUCCAUUUAUAUUUUGUAAGAGUACAUUAUAUAUCUGGGUACAUAGCGAUGAUUAUUGGUCAAGGAUAACAGCAUCGUCUCAAUUUUAUACCUCUACAUCUGAAUUCUGACUGUGAUUCUGACAGAAGUGUUUGGUUUCAAAAUGAGCAAAUUAAACCCUCUCGGUUUAAGUUAUGGGGAUUCAGAUGAUGACUCAGACAGCGGUGCAAUAGAACCUUUAACUAAGAAAGUGCAUCAGGAGAAGACGAGUACUAAGAGUUACGCGAUGCAUAAACCGCCAGCUAAUAUUCAUACACCGCCGAUACCGCAUUGCCAAUGGUCAGCAUGUUACGAUGAAAAAAGUGGUUUCACAUAUUAUUGGAACCAACACACCAAUGCCGUAACUUGGGAAGCACCACCUGAGUACUUACUAGCACUCAAACUGGCUCAGCAGCAAAUAAGCACAGGAAAAACAGCAGAAGUGACAGCUGCAGAAUGGAAGUUGUACCAACAGAGCCUUGUUGAGAAGCAACAACCACAAAAUAAUGCAAAUGUAAAACCACCACCUGUAAAAAAGCAAGUGAAAAAGAAUAAUAAUAUGUGCAUGGUGACAUGUAAAGAAAAAAAAAUUGUUAGAAAGAGGCCUUCAAGUGACAGUGACACUGACUAUAAAAUAGAACUGAUAACAUCAUAUCACAACUCUGAUUCAGAGUCUUAUGAUGAUGAUAUCCCAGCAAUACCACAAGCUACUUCAACAUCAGCACCAAAUGUGAGGCAACCACUGAAGAGGCAGAAAACAAAACCAAACACUGAAUUUGCACCAACAAAGCAAACAUAUUCUCAGCCGAUUGGUCCAACUCUACCAUCAAAAGUGAGUGGGCCUGCUCCUCCGAUUAUCCCAGGUGUACCAAAACUAGUGUACUCAAUGUCCAUUGGACCAGAACUACCGCCAAAACAAACUUAUUCAUCAGCAAUUGGACCUGAACUACCUCCAAGUGAACCUAAAUCACCGAUAAUUCCGCCAGUUCAAGAAAAUAUAACAAAAUCACCUGAAAGUUGUGCUAGCACUGAGCAAGGAAAAUCAACACCAAAACCUGUGGAUGAGAAUAGUGAUGAUGAAAAUUCGUUACUAGAAAAAUUAAAAGAUAAAGCAAAGUUAUUAGAAAAACUGGGUGGCGAAUUGCCGUCUGAAAUACAGAGAAUAAUCAAAGAGGAUUCUGAAAAAUGUUCACCAAAGUCUGAUACUAGAAAUUUAGAUGUCGACGAAUUGCUAGCAGAAAUAGAGAAGAAAGAAUUACCAAAAGUAGCUAAGGCAAAGAAAAUUGAUUUGGAAGUUAAAAUAGAUAGUGCAAGUAAUUCGCCUCGUUCAAUGACGCCGCCUAUAGAUGAUAAAAUAUUGAAUAAAAUAAAUGGUGCCACUCUAUUUCCUAGUGCUGUGAAUAUAAGUGAAACAGUAAUGAUUAGACCUAAGACUCCUCCAGUUGAGAAAGAAAAAAAACCAAACAUGUAUUUGCUCGAUACUAAAGAUGUAGUUGAAUCUCAUAGGAAGAAACUCAGAAUUUCAAACUCAGUUCUGCCAAAAAAGAUAGAGAAAGUAGCAACUCCAUCAUACACAACAAAGUAUAGUCAGUUUAUUGAAGGAUUCUCCAGUGAACGAACAGGUCUCGGCUUCAGUGGAGAUGAUAACUCUAACAGUGUUCCAAAAAAUUCCAUUAGUUAUGGGAAUGGUUUAGUGUUCACAAAAGGUGAGACACUCAAUGAAGAUAAGAAGGAUGAAGAUUUAGACAACUUGGUAGAUCUUGUUGAGGCGAAGUUGAAGUACUUGAAUGAAUUGCAACCAAGUGAACUCACACCAGUCCAGGAGAUGUUAAUACAAAUGCAGACACUGUUGAACGCGUUUCGUGUUGGCGCACUAACCGGCGAUUAUCUGCGUCGUUGGAGCGGCGCCGCACAACAGUCACUGAGCACGCACGAGGCCGCCGCUGCACCUCCCGGCUGGCUCUGCGUCUUCCAGAGGUCGGAGGGACGGUACUGCUACCGGCGCGAGGCGGAUGGGCUCGUGCAGUGGGAGUUUCCCGCCGUGCUCACUACCGACAUGGACAUCAGCACCACGCCUCCUCAUGCCAGCGUCGACGACAAGGAGGACAUCAUCAACACUAACCCUCCUCAGCCGUCCCCGCCGUCGAGAGCGGUCACCCCGCCGCCCCCCGCGUGGUCCGACCCCCCUCCCCCUGGCACCCGCGACCCCACGCCGCCGCCGCCCCCUGUCAUAGUCACGGAGAAGAAGAAAGAGAUUGGUGACGAACUAAUGUCGUUCUACAACGAUAUAGCAGCUCUUGAGAAAGAAACCGCGCCAAGCACUGCCGAGAACACCCCCGAGCGGGACAGAAGCGGAGAAAAGGAGAGAAUCAGAGAGAGUCAAAAAGAGAAAGCGAGAGAAAGUGAGAAGGAUAAGGUGAAAGAGAGCGAGAGAGAUAAAGAUAAGGGCACGAAGAAAAAGUCUAAGGUAAAGAUAACGAACUCCAUCGGUAUGAAGCACAGGACAGUGUCAUCGCUGGUCGCCAAGUGGCAGCAGGUGGCCGAGGAGGUCUGCUCUGACUGAUGCAGCCAACAAGCUGACCUGGAUUUAUACUAGGACAGCAAAAGUGACGUAACGAGCAGGUUAACACUUGGUGUUAACUGUCAUCAGCUACUCAUAACAGUGACAUUAUGACCUGACUCGUGAAGCGUCGCAAACGACCUAGGGCGUAGUGCUCGCCACCCUGAGAUUUAAAUAUUUUUAAAAAUUAUUUAUUACCUUACAUUAUAUUAUUAUAUACAACGAUUUCGAUAUGCUUUUAAUAUUAAGCAUAGAUAUCCCUCGCCCUCUUCAGAAAUACUGUUUAUAAUAUGGGUAUACUAUUAGGCCCCAUUCACACGAGAGCACUAAAAUAUAUUUGAUGGUGGUAGCAUACCUAGUCUAAUACAAAUGAUUUAAGUUUUCUUUAGUGUUAAUUCCGCCAAUAUUUGUUUUUAAAACAAUCUGGCACGAGACUCGCCAGAUUUUGGCGAGACAACACGUCCUGAGGAUGCCUCGUGUAGAGGCGAAACACGUGUCGAUUUCUUUUAAAAUCAAAUAUUGGCGGAAUUAACACUAAAGAAAACUUAAAUCAUUUGUAUAAUUAUGGAUUUCUGCAAAGUAACGCCUAAUUCAAUAAAUUUACCUAGUCUAAGCCCAAAGGCACGGUGGCGCUAUGGUCGGAAGUUGGGCCAAGACAGACGCGGUACAAAAAGCGGUAUCUCGAUAAAUUUUUGUUUCACUGGCAUUUUUUGAAAUUAUUUAAUCUGGGCUUAUUGCACUUACUUUUUACUCUUAAAGUUUGUUACAAAUAAACUUCUUGUGUCGUUAUAUAUGCCCCAGCACUUUGCCAAUUAAUCAUAAUAUGUCAACGCUUUUUUUAAAACGCGACGUUUUUUAUCGAACUUGUGUUUAAUAUUAAGGGUAGGAGACGGGUGGAAUGUAAGGACGGAGAAAAAGUCUUUUCGCACAUAGUAUGCUAACCACCUGUUUUGAUCUCUUCAGAAUUCUUUAGACAGUGUUAAUCGAACAAAGUAGCAUAUAAUAUGCUAAUAAUAAUAAUAUACAUAUAUUGUAAUAAAAUGCGAAGAAACCCCUCCACCAACCUAUUAUGUUGUGGCAUUUCUUGCUCUGGGUUUUAACGCUAUUCUUUAACUCUCGUGUGAAUGACGCUUUAGAGUGAUUGUUACUUGGAAUAUGUGCGCGAUCGUAUUAAUGAUCAGAAAAAUAAAAUAAGCCAGAGAUUUAUCAUAAAAAGUGUGCCUGUUUUAAUAAGUCGAAUUCUGUGAAUUGAGAAUGUGGAAAUUAUAGUGUGCAAUAACACUCAGAGGAGCCGUUCGGUUGAUUCCAGCGGCCGAAUUCCACCACCGGACUUAACGUCAAAAUGCAAAAUACUACUCGCAUCACGUUGACGUCUGGUAUUCCAAAACCGCGCGUUUUGCUAGAAAUUUCUUGCCUCGAACAGCCACUUUGUGGAAUGAAUUACCGGCUGCUGUUUUCACGAACAGAUGCCACUUAGGGACCUUCAAGAAUAGAGCACCUUAAAGGCCGGCAACACAUCUCUUGACACCUGUUGUUGUGAAUGUCCAUGGGCGGUUGCCUCAACACUACCCAUCCCGUGAGACUUGCCCGUUUGCCUCCUCAUAUAUAAAGUUUGUGGAUAUAGUAAUAUGCGACUAAGAAUCGGUUAAUUUUAUCAUUGGAUAAAAUACCACAUAAAACAGAAUAGAUCCAAUGAUAUAUUCUGUAAAUGUAUUCUGUUUUAUGUGGUACUAUUAAAAAACCAUAAGUCAAUAUAUAAAUAUAAACGGCCUUACAAAUAAAAUUGGCAUAAAGUUAUAACUAAGCAUAAACCAAGAAUAUGUAAAAUGUUUACAAAUAGAGAUUUUGCUUACGAAUGGUUUGUUCGGACGUAUAACGUUUCCCGCGUUUAUUUGCAAGGCAGCUUGUCAUUCGGAAAACUUCAGAAUUAUCAUUGUAUUGACAAUGUUGUCAAGGAUAUUGUAAACAUUUUGCAUUUUCUUUGUUUAUCAUCAGUUAUAACUUUAUACCAAGUUUAUUUGUAAGGCCGAAAAUGUAUACAACAAGAUUGUAUCUUAUUUAUGUUGAUGAAAUAAUUACUUAAGUGGUUUUUCUUUCCAAUGUGUGCCUUUUUUAUUUGUGAUAGUUAUUUAACAACUUUAUUAAGCUAAAUAUAAUUAAAUUAAGAAGAUAUGCCUAUCACAAAUAAAUCUUAUCGAAUUAGCAAAAUAAAUUUUAACUUAUUUUAAAUAUGUUAUGUUAACUCUUAAUCCGAAUAUAAAAAAUAUGAAAUCGGUUAAACUGGUUAUCUAAAUAUUGCGAGCAUUCUUGUGUGUUGCUUUCAGUCUCGUGCCAGAAUUUGGUGAGUCAACAUCUGAGGAUUCCUCGUCUAGAGGCGGAACACGUGUCGAAUUAUUUGAAAACGAAUUUUUGCGGAAUUUACAUUCAAGAAUGCUCACAACAUCUGGAUAAUUAUUUGGAUACUAAACUGGAUACAUGAAAUACGAGAAUUGCUUCACAAUUUAAUUAAUUGCAAUUUUCUCUCAAUCUCUAAUUUAUUUGAAUAAAAUUAUUUUGUGACUUUAAAUAAAUAAUAUAUUCGCCUUCCAAUGGGAAAUUAAUGACAAUAAACUGAACAAUUUGUUGUUUUAAAGUGAUAACCCUCACUUCCUUAGAUUUGCAAGAGCGACAUCUCAAGUCAAUUUCCUAAUAUGCAAUAAUUAUCAAAGAGGAUGUAAAUACAACGUAAUUAGGACUACGAAAUUUAGUUUAAUAUGAAACUUGUAGUGAUUUGACAUAAGAUUGAAAUAGUAAUUACAGUAUCGCAAUUGGCCAUGAAUUAUAAUCCCGCUAAGUUUGAAAGCGAAAAAUUGCUUAUAACGUAGUGUAUUUCGGCUAUUUCUAUUCUUUACAAGAUUAUAGCCGUCAUCUGCCAAUCUGUCAAUGACUGUACGUUUCAUACAAUCGAGUGAAUCGCUUUUUUUGUUAAAGAUUUUCGCUAGACUGCAAUUAUAGGGGUUGAGCAGGCUAUCAACUGUAAAGUAGAUCCUGUAGAUGGAGCCAUACGUCACUCGAACGGUAAGCUCAGUUGCAAGAGUGCUCGGACGGAACCCAAGAGGUCGCGGGUUCGAGUCCCGCAUCGUUCAUACAUUUGGGUUACAUAUUUAAUUUAAUUUUUUUAUUCGGUCUUCAGAAUAUUCUGGUUAACGUUUAGUUUGUAGAGGCGCUUACUUUACACAUGAAAAUACUGUGACAAUCGGUUUACAUAUGGAAACAGACUUGACUUGUUUCUUGCAUUUAAAUCUUGAAUGUGGAUAAUUAUGAUAAGGUCUUCAAAGUCGUAAUUCUGUGCACGAACAAAUUGUUCCAACAUUGUGUGAAAAUAUAAAUUAUUUGAUAUUUAAGUUGUAAUUAUUGUAAAUAGGAAGUAUUACUAUUGUAGAUUUGAAUAAAUUUGUAAAUAAAC